CCUUCGUGUGCGUCGUCGUAUAUGAAAGUAGUUCCGGGCACUUAACCCAAACGGGGGAGAGUCCCGGAUGUUGGCUCGGCCGCCGAGAGAAAGGCGAACAGGAGAAGGCGGAGAGAAGCUGAGGAGGAACGCCACGGCACCGCGGGCACACCGGCGAAGCUACGACUACGGCGGCUCUUUGCACAGGACGAUAACGUCAAGAGCACAGGACACCCCUGAGGAGCCCCUGCUAGCUGAAGAAGAGGAGGUGGAAGGAAGGGGAGGGGGCAGUUACUCUGAAACUAUCGUCAGGAUUACAGAGAGCCACCGUCACAUCAGCUUUCACCCAGAGGGGAACUACUGUAACUACCCACACUAGAGCUUGUUGGAGUUGACCUACAGAAGACGUUAUGCUGAUGUCUUGAGCUGAGGGAGACUUCAUCCUCAAUCUGUCAGUCGUCUAUGUUUAUUAUUCCACACCUGGUCCACUCUCCAUCAGUCACCGAGCACCAACAGUAACCACCACCACCACCUGUCCCCCUUCCCAGCCUGCCGUCACCAUGACGUCGGAGCUGGAGAGCAGCCUGACCUCCAUGGAUUGGCUUCCUCAGCUGACCAUGCAGGCAGCAAUCCGCAAGGCGGACGCUCAGAAUGCCCACGGGCCAGGCAUGGGCAAGAAGAGUACCCUACUGGAUCCUAACACCACGCUGGACCAGGAGGAGGUGCAGCAGCACAAGGACGGCAAGCCACCCUACAGCUACGCCAGCCUCAUCACGUUUGCCAUCAACAGCUCGCCAAAGAAGAAGAUGACACUGAGUGAGAUCUACCAGUGGAUCUGUGAUAACUUUCCUUACUACAGGGAGGCGGGCAGUGGCUGGAAGAACUCAAUACGGCACAAUCUGUCAUUGAACAAGUGUUUUCUCAAAGUGCCUCGCUCCAAAGAUGACCCAGGAAAGGGCUCUUACUGGGCCAUCGACACCAACCCAAAGGAGGACGCCUUGCCCACACGGCCAAAGAAGAGGCCGCGGUCUGGAGAGCGGGCUUCUACGCCGUACAGCCUGGAGUCGGAGUCUUUGGGGAUGGAGUGUAUGAUCUCUGGAAGUGCCUCUCCAACGCUGGCAAUCAACACUGUGACUAACAAGGUACUACAACCAGCCAUCCAGCCUCCAGCUCCAACACACACCUGGCUACACGGCUGCACCCUGACCCCACCCACUUCUCCAACCACCUACAGCACCAUUCCCCACAGAGAGAGGAGCACUCUAGUGGAGGUGGCAUUGUACAACACAGACCAGGAGGGGAGCGAUAGUCCAAGAAGCAGCCUUAACAACAGCCUGUCUGAUCAGAGUCUGGCUUCCGUCAAUCUCAACAGUGUGGGCAGUGUGCACAGCUAUACACCGGUGACCAGUCACCCAGAGCCCGUGUCCCAGUCUAUGAGCCUCCAGCAGCCCCCCCAGUCCCAGUACAACAUGCCAGACAGGGAUAAGCAGCUCCUGUUUUCUGAAUUUGAAGAUCUCAGUGCCUCCUUCCGCAGCCUUUACAAGUCUGUUUUUGAGCAGUCCUUCAGCCAACAAGGUCUGAUGGGCAUACCGUCAGAUUCCUCCCAACAGACCCACACCUCCUGCUCCUAUCAGCACUCCCCCAGUGGCACCAUUAGCACUCAGAACAGCCUGUCAAACAACCAGCCCAACAGCCACCCCAACAGCCACUCCGCCAACAGUGGCCAGGUGCCUCUGUCCCAUCCGGCCCAAGCCCACCCUGGCCACGGCUCGCCCCACGCACAGCACCUCCCGCAGCACGGCGGCACCCACAACCAACACAGCCAACACGCCCAGCACAGUCAACACAGUCAGCACCCACAGCACCCCCAGCACGCUGUGCACUCCCAGCACGGGCAGCACCCAUCGCAGCACCCGUCCCACGGCCAGCACCCACAGCAACACACGCCACACCCCUCCCAACACACGCAGCACAGCCAGCACCCUUCUCAACAUGGACAGCAGCAUCAGAGCCUCUCCCACCAGCCUCAUCCUACCCAGCAACAGAUGGCCUGCAACACAGGUUUACUGUCUGACUGGUACCCAAAUCUGGAUGCACUGAAAGAAAGCUGUCGUAUUGCUAGCAGCUAUAACUGGGCUGAUGUCGACCUUUCACCUUUCCAAGGAUUAAGAGAGAGUAUGAGACAAGCGGAGUUGAACAAUUGGUCCCUGGAACCCACCCAGAUCGCAGACCUCUGCUCGUCCAUCAACCAAUUUUUCGCUCGCACCGGUGUAAUCCAGCCACAAGGGGCAGUGCAGCCUCCUGUUUGUCAUAGCUCCAUGCACCCCAACAAACCCAGCCAGCACCUCAACACAGGAAAUCUCUACAUGGACUCCAGACAGAGCAUGUCCAUGAUGGGUCCUCCAGGAUAUCCCCACAUGUCCCCCAUGAGCAACGCAGGACCCACAAUGACAGGACACCAUGCACCGAUGAACCAGCAGCACAUGAUACCUACCAGAAACUUCCAGAUGCAUCGCAUGCCAGCUGAUGACAUCCAGGAUGACUUUGAUUGGGACUCCAUUGUCUAGCCCCUAGACCUCCUUUUGCAAACAAAAGGGAGCGAAGAGAGGAGGUGGAAGUCAGGCUGAGCUGAAAGGCCGCAGGAGGAGGAGGAGGAGGCCACUGUGGGUGGGAUGCAGAAGAACAUUUGACAAGCUUUGGAGAAAGACAGACUUCAGAGUCCUGACAUUUUUACAAAAGCAAAACAUAACUAGAAAAUGUUACUUUGAAGACAAUCAUAUUUAGUCGGACAUGUUAAAGUGAUUGCUUAUGUACUUGUCUAGAGACAAGUAAAACACAUUCACGUCUAAACCACAUGCUCCUCAGCUCCUCAGCCAGCCCGCUCCCCGCUCCCCGUCCCUAGCCAUCAGCCUUCAAUACCCCCCACCCCCCGCGCUCCGUAACUGUUAUGUGAUUUGAGCGACGUGUUCAGCUUGUAAUUCUUCUCGUGUUGACAUUGGCCUCAGCUGCCUCUUGGAUGAGUUAAUCUCUUUCUUUUUUUUAUUAUUUGUUUUUUUGGUUUUUAAGAAACACAGGCCGUCUCUGUGAGUAAUGUGAUGGUGCUCGUUGGUCACUUUUGGGAGAAAGUGGGCCCCACUGUGGCUGAGUUGGUGGUAAAGUUAGGUUUACAAUAACUGAGGUUUUGAACAGGGUGUUAAAUGUUUAAGCAGGCUUGAUAGUAAAACAAACCAAGAGAGAAAGUGAGCGAGAGAUCACAGAAAGGAUUGUGAUCUGUUUUCAUAGCCAACUAAUGUGAUCAGGCUCACUGGAACAGACUAGUUUUGGGAGUGCAGCAACUUUUUUUGUUUUCUUAGUUAUGUCUCGAGCACUUCAAGAUGAGUGAAUAUGAUAAGUGUGAGAAGAAGGUGAAAGCAAGCAAGUCAGAAAUUUUUUGUCUUUUUGAAAUUCAUUCAACCCAAAGUAACCUGAGAUUUAUGUUCUCUGUGUGCAUCAUGUUGGUUAAUAAUUGCUUUACCAAUCAGAAGCUGUUGUAACAUUAAAUACUAACCAAAUUCACAUUUUCAAGCAAGUUUUAAUGGUAAAGUUCAUCAGUUUUAGAUGGGUAGCCUAUUGAUCAUUAAGCCGUAAUCAUUCAGAAACAAUGAAAUCUAUAUCGGCUGAUCUUCGCUUAUCACCAGUAUAUUUGUAUUGGCAUAUACUGUAUAUCAGCCAAUAAGUAACAAUAAAUUGCAGCAAAGAAAUGUCAAAGAUGUUUUUGCGAUAAUUUAGAAGCUGUGUUUCUGUUACAGUUUGUCUACCAGAGAGCACUGUCAAGUUGAUUUUCAAACUGUUAAGUGGCCUGCUCAGACCAUAUCAUGGUCAUAUUUCUUUAAAAAACUAGUUUAGAGAACAUGUUUGUUUAUUCUAAAAAACAAACAUCAGCUGAUAUAUCAUUAUCUGAUCUGAAACUUUGAAAUAUCUGUAUUGGUAGAAACAGCUGGCCUGCCUCUGUCACCUACCUGCACCUCUAAAGCUCACUAAUUAACACGAUAUAUCAUGUUUGUUAAAUCUGUGCAAUAACUGAAGCGUAAAAAUGGUUUUAGUGUGGGACUAUUUCUUGGCUGGUUGCAGUGACUUCCUGGAGAUAUAACAUGUUAAUUAAUGAGCUUUAGAGGUGGUCGUAGGCUGAUUUUGUUAUUGUUGGACAGAGCCAGGCUGACUGAUUCCCUCAGUUCCCAGUCUUUGUGCUAAGCUAAGCUAAUUGUCUGCUGGAGGUGGCUUCAUAUUUACUGUACAGACGUAAGAGUGGUAUUGAUCUUCUCAUCUAACUCUCGGCAAGAAAGCAUAUAACCAUAUUUUCCAAAAUGCCAAACUAUUCCUUUAAACAAUUACACUUAAAAUUGUAUGCAACCAUAUUAUAACAAUUUAUACUAGUGACAGUAACAAGUAAAACAUCGAGAGCCUGUAUGCAAUUUUAAAAUGGUUUCAAGCCUCACUCAUUUGAGACGUCGCUAGUAGACCAAUAAAAUGUAUUAAAAUAAAAAAACUAAUAGAAUCUGGUGUGAAAGCUUCUUAAAUGUCUUAAUACUUUGAUUAUUUAAUGAUCAAUAGGAUAUGUAUCAGAUGUUGAACUUUCCAUUUGAAAAGGGCAGAAAAGCAAGAGUUUUUACUGUACGUGUCCUUGAUUUGUAGAGUUACGUCAUGCCUUUUUCUGCCAGUUGUACAUCAAAGUGACUUUUUGAUGCUACACUCACUGUUUGUUACUUCUGCAUUUAAAUUAUGGAGAUAUGAUUCUUUUUUUAGCUGCCCAAUGUUUUGUUAUGAUAGUUCGAAAGCGUAAGAUUUUGCUAUUAUUCAAUCAUAACAGAAUGGGAAAUGUGACUCAUUACACAGUACAUACAGUGUGUGUGUGUGUGUGUGUGUGUGUGUCGCGCGCAUAUGUUGGUUGAACAUAUGGUCUGUGCGUGCACGUGUGUGUGUGUGUUUUGGUUUUAGUAAUUUUGGGGCUAUGAUUGAUUGCUCCAAUCAUCUCUAUGCUAUCAAUGAGCACAAAUGCAGAUGCACACAGUGAUUAAAGACUAGAUUUGAGACAUGCUUUUUUUGUGGGAAGGGUUUCUCAAGCACAGAACAGGGAGAUCAGCGGUUCUGGAAACCUGUCCUCUGUGUCCUGUAACAAGUGGCUCCUCAAUCAGACAGGUGCUGAACUUUAGACACUGUUUAAAACAAAAAAAAGCCCUUUGCACACUUACACCUUUUGUUGAUCCUAACCAUUUUUAAGAUGCGAAGCACCUCCUGGAUUUUAAAAGCUAGUCACUCACAUACUCAUUCAUUUAUUAAUUCACUCACAGUUAAGACUAUCUGACCCCUAGAGGCAAAUAUGAGGCAUUGUCCACUGUUGACAACGAACAGGAUUAUUUCUCCUCUCUGUGACACUGCUGAACUGUGUACGGUGCUUUACAUCUAUGACACUGUGUGUCCUUGUUUAAAGGAAUAGUCCAACAUUUUGGGAAAUAAGCUUUCUUGCCAAGAACAGUAAAUAUCAAUCUACAGCCAGCAGCCAGUUAGCAUAAAGUCUGAAAACAGCUAGCCUGGCUCUGUCCAAAGUUAACAAAAUCCUGCAAGCACCUUAAAGCUCACUAAUCAACAUAUUGUAUCUCAUUUGUUUAUCCAUACAAAAACUGUAGUGUAAAAACUACAAUUUAUUGUACUAUUUCUUGGCCGGGUGGGGUCACUUCCAUUAGAUAUAGCAUGUUAAUUAAUUACCUUUAAGUGGAUUUUGUUACCGUCAGACAGACCCAGGCUAGAUGUUUUCAGUCUUUGUGCUAAGCUAAGCUAACCGUCCAUUGCCUGUAGUUUCGUAUUUAUCGUAUAGUGAGGAGAGUGUUAUCGAUCUUCUCAUCCAACUCGGCAAGAAAGCAAUUAAGUGUAUUUCCCAAAAUGUCAAACUAUUCCUUUUAGAUAAUUUAGCAACGAGGGACUCCAGUAGUCAUCGUAGUUUUGAUUUCAUAUUAGGAUGACAAUCAUGGAUUCUUUUUUAUAUUUCAUAAUGUCUGUGAGAAAAGGCACUUUCAAGUCUCACAUGGUUGUUUUAUUGGAUAUCUUAGAACCAUAUGUUUCUACAUUUGACCGCAUAGAAGGUUAUUUGAAACUAGAACCUGCCCAGUUUUAUAUUGUAGAUCUUCUGUUAAACUGUCCAGAUGAAGUCAAGUUCUCUUCUAUACUGCCAUUCAUUUUUAUAUUUUCAGCUAAUAAUUUUGUUUUCUUUUCCUGCCAAUCAUACCUGCCCACUCCUGCUUCUUUCUGCAAUGUUUUUUGGUCUGUCUUUAUAUAUCAAAUGUCCGCUGUAUGUGGAGGAUUGCCUUGCCUGUGGAUCUCAACUGAGUUUUUUAAAGUGUUGUUCAACUGCCAGAAUUUCUUAAUUAGUGCUCAGACAGAAUACUUAGUCAAUUAAGUGACCCAAAUGACUGUGUGGGCCAAAGGACUGCAACUGAAGACAGCAGUGAAAAAGAGCAUCAAUGUGUAUUCAUUAGGACUCUAUGGACCUACAAUAGAGAACAUCCUGUGAGUCCUUGGUUGGUGUGAAGGUGAAGUGUGUUUCAGUUCUUCCAGGUGAAGACUAUGAACACACAAGCUACUAUUUGAGUACCCAUGGGAAAACAAAACGUUUGAGCUAACGGAUGUGACUAAAAGGGAAGAAGGUGAAGACAAUGACUGGAUCACAAUCACAAUUUUACAUGAUGUCUGUAUGUGUGUGUGUGUGUGUGUGUGUAUUUGUGUGUUUGCUUGUGUGAGUUUAAGUUCUUUUUUCAAAAGACAAUUUAAGUUUUUAAAUUCCGCUGGAUAUGUACCUGCCAGAGAGAUUACUAUUAGUGGGGAAAAAGAUGAAAAGAUAAAAAAAAAGCCUUGUUACAAUAUGGGAGAGAACUGCCAACAAGUACUGCUGAUUGGGGCCUAUUUUAUUCAGUGCUGGUGUGUUGUUGUGCUUGUACAUAUAUGUCUUUUCAAUCAUCCCUUUUUUCCUCUUGGGGGUGGGGUAUCAAGGCAGGGGGUGGGUCUUACUCACGAAAGAGAGGAGGUAAAAGAAUAGAGUAUUUUGUUAUUGUCCAAUCAGAGGGUGACAGUAUGUAUAUAUCUAUAUUGUAUAUAUGUGAUGAAAAUGCGUUGGCUUUUUGUGUGACACUACCUUUUACCUGUACUAUGGUUCUACAUUCAGUGUUUCAGUGUUGAUAAUAUAUAUUUGGUUUGUGUUUUAUUUUUCUGUUUUUUUGAUUUUGUCUUUGUCAUUUCUUGUAUUUUUUUUCUCCUAUUUGUCCUUUUUUUGUUUAUUGCACGGUUUAUUACUUUUGUUGUCCAAUGAGGUGACACAGCUACUCUUUGUAUUCGUUUAGUGCUGUAAAAUAACUCAAGUGUUAUUAGAAUUGUCGAUACCACCGCCCACCCCACCCCCUUCCCCAAUAUGCAUGAAUGGCACUUAAAGAAAUAAAAUAUGGUAACUUCACUGUG